UGCUCAGUCAAGGCACUAAGGCAAAAAAAAAAUCAGCAAUUUAUAGAAAGAAGAAGCUAUAGUCUGUCGGGAUAUCCAACACCAACAGGUAGGAGGAUAUACUCUCGGUUAAGUUUGGGGGGAGGGGGGCGCACAGUGUUGAUGAAACUGCAGGUUCACCGGCACCGAGCCCUCCCUGAGGUUUUUUGUUUUUUGUUUUUUUGACAAUAAACUGCAUAAUGGAAGUACAUUCAGACAAUGCAUCUUCAGUAGGGCUUAUUGAGAGCUCCAUUUCUGGAAAGCGUUGCAAGACUGAGGAAUAUCAGACUGCGAAUCACCGGGAACAGUUCCCUUGCAGCACAGAAGCAAUCUCUCUCCCCAUCUUCGCAUAUUCUGAUGGCAAAUCAAAUGGAAGAAAAGAGGAAGCAUGACUGCAGAUCACAUCAGUUCUCUUUGUGGAUUACAUUUUCAGUAAAAUGUAUGGAUCUAUCUUAUCCUUGUUCUUAUAUCUAGAUCAUGAGACUUGACUGAGGCUGUAUCUUUAUCCUCCAUCCAUCUAUGGCGAACUAUAGCCAUGCAGCUGACAACAUUUUGCAAAAUCUCUCUCCUCUAACAGCCUUUCUGAAACUGACUUCCUUGGGUUUCAUAAUAGGAGUCAGCGUGGUGGGCAACCUUCUGAUCUCCAUUUUGCUAGUGAAAGAUAAGACCUUGCAUAGAGCACCUUACUACUUCCUGUUGGAUCUUUGCUGUUCAGAUAUCCUCAGAUCUGCAAUUUGUUUCCCAUUCGUAUUCAACUCGGUCAAAAAUGGCUCUACCUGGACUUAUGGGACUCUGACUUGCAAAGUGAUUGCCUUUCUGGGGGUUUUGUCCUGUUUCCACACUGCUUUCAUGCUCUUCUGCAUCAGCGUCACCAGAUACUUAGCUAUCGCCCAUCACCGCUUCUAUACAAAGAGGCUGACCUUUUGGACGUGUCUGGCUGUGAUCUGCAUGGUGUGGACUCUGUCUGUGGCCAUGGCAUUCCCCCCAGUUUUAGAUGUGGGUACUUACUCAUUCAUUAGGGAGGAAGAUCAAUGUACCUUCCAACACCGCUCCUUCAGGGCUAAUGAUUCCUUAGGAUUUAUGCUGCUCCUUGCUCUCAUCCUCCUAGCCACACAGCUUGUCUACCUCAAGCUGAUAUUUUUUGUCCACGACCGAAGGAAAAUGAAGCCAGUCCAGUUUGUAGCAGCAGUAAGCCAGAACUGGACUUUUCAUGGCCCUGGAGCCAGUGGCCAGGCAGCCGCCAAUUGGCUAGCAGGAUUUGGAAGGGGUCCCACACCACCCACCUUGCUGGGCAUCCGGCAAAAUGCAAACACCACGGGCAGAAGAAGGCUCUUGGUCCUAGAUGAGUUCAAAAUGGAGAAAAGAAUCAGCAGAAUGUUCUAUAUAAUGACUUUUCUCUUCCUAACCUUGUGGGGCCCAUACCUGGUGGCCUGUUAUUGGAGAGUUUUUGCAAGAGGGCCUGUAGUACCAGGGGGAUUUCUAACAGCCGCUGUCUGGAUGAGUUUUGCCCAAGCAGGAAUCAAUCCUUUUGUCUGCAUUUUCUCCAACAGGGAGCUGAGGCGCUGUUUCAGCACAACCCUCCUUUACUGCAGAAAAUCCAGGUUACCAAGGGAACCUUACUGUGUUAUAUGAAGGAGCAUCUGGAAAUCUUUAGCCUUGUGAAACACUAACCUUCUCUGCUAAGCAAUCGUGGCUUGUAGCCAUAUUUUGAGAAGAAAAUCAAGAAUGGGAUCAGCGGUUAUAAGGAUUUGGGCAACAUUCUGCAGUAUUUGCAAUAGUUCACCUAUAAUCCUAUUUUAAAUCUCAGAGUGAUCCUGCUGACUGCCGGCGAAGGUUUGUAAUUAAGAAAGGACUGAACCACUGCCCUAAGUUUCUUUCUGUGGUUGAAAACUAGAUAAUGAAAGUAGCAGGUGCUAAGUAUCAGUGCUAAAUGCUGUGUAUAUCACUACUUAUGAAAAAAGAAAAAACAUCAAAAAAACAAUUAGCAUUGGACAUCUUAAUAAAUUAAGUUGACAUGAGGUAAAUGUGUUGAUAAAAACUAAUUUUAGAAGUUUGAAGACUUUAAAACAUUUCAUACUAUUAUUGUUUUGCAAAAACUAAAAUAUUUGGGGACUUAAAGUACUGUAAGCCACUAAAGACGUGCCAUGAAUUAUUGGAUUAUCACACUUAAAAAUUCGCCUUGUAAGUUUGGGGGAGCAUUCCAAAGCAGUAUAUUGGUUUCAAUUAGAGUUUACUCUUUUUUUUUUUUUUUAUUAAUACGUUACUAUUUCUAAAUACCACUUUCCUUACCUACUAGUGAAAUUGCUAGCAUUGAAGUGUAUUAAUGUGGUUUUUGUUGAUUUGGUAUAAAGUUUUUCCAAUUCAUUUAUAUUUUACAAAUGCUAGAUAUUGGUCUAGGAGGCAACAUUAAUGGUACCAAAUGGUCACAACUGAGCAGUUCUAAUAAUGCAGAAUAAACACAUGUUGCCUUAAAGGGUUAUCUAGUAUCUUUCAUCUUAUUUAGCAUUGGAGCAAAUAGUCAAGGGAAAUCGAAUCAGUAACUGGUCAUGGUCAUGCAUCUGGAAGUGCAUGGACGAUCAUUUAAUACUCUUUUUCCUUUUUCCUCACAUGGUUUGAAAUUUAAGGUGCACAUCACUGGGAUAAUGAGAUUUUCUUCUGAGGUGUGCUUCCCAUUCUAGUGUGUUCUAAGAAGCAGGCAGUUGAUGUAUGUUUAUAUUUUAAAUCAGCUGUCAAGGGGAGACCACAGCCUUAGUAAGACAUCCUGCACAAUUUGAGAAGUAUUUAUUCUACUGACGGCACAGUCUUGUUUAUACUUUCUGCACAUUCAGUGUAUUGGUCGUUUAAAUUAUUUCAGUUUUACCUUGUGAAAGCUUAUCAUAUGAUUUCUGGUAUUUUAGAAAUACAUUAGAGUCUGUGAGUCUCAUUCUUUAAGAUACAGAUGUGUGAAUUUCAAUAUAAAGUUGCAUUUGCCAAAAUUUA